CCCAUCAAGGUAUUUCGCAGCAGGUAAUUCGCAAGUAUGUUGUUAGUUUGAGAUGAUUACCGUUGAAAUAAUCCAUCAUAAAAUAAUGAUGUGGAUGUGUAUGGAUGUUGGAAUAACGAUCAAAUAGGCAUGCACAUUAUCAUUGCCCUGUAACGAGUUGAUUUCGAUAUAUUUUUUCUUGUUUGUUACUACCUUAUCUUACCAUUAUUUUGAUAGUCUAAUACUAUUGUUUUUGUAAACCAAUGAAUAGCGCAAGAUUGUGCUAGUCAUGUUGUCAUAAUAAAGUCAUUUGACUUCCUCAAAGAGGAAGCGCUUUUUAUUUCUUGGAAACAAAACUUGCUCUGCUAUGAAAGCGAGGGCAUUGUGCCCAUUGUGAAAGUCAGUGGAAUAUAGUCAACAUGGCGCUAGAAAGCCAAAUCCCAUUCGGUCCGUGUUGUCCAAAGUUUGGAGACAGUUGUCAAAGCAAAAGGGAAAAUUUAAUGGAAUGUUACGAGAAGUUAUCACAAGAUGGAUUGAUUCCACGUCUAGAUGAAACUGCUGAUUGUCGUGUAUACACGAUCACUUACCAAAACAGUGCACCCCAUGUUGGCGUGGUAUUUGGGUACUCGUACGAUGUGUAUGUUGCAUUUUCACUGGCUGUUAAUUCAGCAAAUGUCGACAGCCAACGGUAUUUCAUAUCGGCUAGGGUUCUUGAUCGAGAUGAGAUACUGUCUCUGAGAUUUUGUGGAAAUCUGUGUAUCAGUGCGCGGGAAAUUAUAAAAACAGCCAUUGAUACAAAAAAGCACGCGACUAAUUGUUAUUAUUUCGGAAGAAUGGUGCUAGAGAAUCUUGGUAUACAGAAUGCUGCCUUCGUUGACAUAGAGUACGAGAGUAGUGGUGGGGGUCAGAGAGCUUUUUUGGUGUCUACGUCAAGAAUCUUGGUCACAGUUGCCAUCGUUGGUGCAUUACUUUAUUUUUGCCUAAAAGAAAAUUAAAAGACCUUGAAGAUACUUGAAUUUUUUAAUUUAAAGACAAUGCAGGCAGUAAUAUUAGAUUAAAUGUGUUACUGCAAGUAACUGUAGCCCAUUAUACCAACAUUUCUUCAAAAUAACUACAGGUAUGAAGUGUGUUUGAUCAUUCCCUGUUUUUUUGUCUAGCGAAUGUCCAUCAAAACCAAACACUGUUCUGCGCAGGUCAGCCGAGAAAGGGAGGGAAGGGGGCAAAUGCCUGGAUUCUGUAAGCAAAGAGGGCCACUUGGUGAUUAGAACAUCUCUAUUUAGAAUGUUACACUUAAUAUCAUAGUGAUUUUAAGAAAAAUAACAUAGUGAAAUCAUAUCAAUGCUGGGAAAGUUUAACAAUGCUUUGCAAAAAUGAAUCAAAAGUAAAUGAAAAUUAUGUGCAUUUUAAAUCCAUAAUAAGCAUAUUUAAGGUUGAUCGAUUGAUUGAUUGAUUGAUUUAAUUUGAUAUUCAAAUUAUACUACAAUAGCAAUUGUUAUCAAAAUACUGAUAAUAAUAAUAUAGAAAAAAAACAACAACACAAUGCAGCUAGGUGUAGUAGAAUUCUUAAGGAGGAGGAGCUCUCAAAGUAGGUAAACUAACAACAUAUGAGCCCCCUCUGUCAUCUUUCAGAACCAUAAACACAAAGGCAAAGCCAAAUUGCUAGCUUAAAUAAUAAAAUUUGUUAAAUUUAUCAAGCUCAAAUUUCAUUUAGGCAUUCACAUAGCAUUUAGCAUGUGAUGUUUUAGAUUAUUUUUGAAUAUAAAUCUUAAGGUAGAGUCUUGAAUGUCAGCUGAUAGGUCAUUCCAGAUUUACACUCUCGUAUAUCGAAUGGACUUUAAGCAAAAUUGAAAGUUUAUUUUGUUGGGCAGAAAGAUCCCCUAGAUUUUGGCUGGCCUCUGGGCGCAUCAUGGCUCUCUGCAGCUGUGCAACAGCUGUCAAUGUGCCUUUGGUGUUGGGUACAUGAAUGCCAAUUGAAAAAAAGCUUCAUUUUGUAAUUUGUUAUUUAGAUGCAGUAAUCUGCUAGUGCACAUGCAAAGUAAAUUUUUUUCGGUUUGUGGGCACAUGAUCUUGUCAGAUAAACUUUUUAAUUAAUUCAGGUUUCUUUACCGGAUACAGAUAACAACAUUACAAAAGUUGGGGGCACAUGCAGCCAAAAAGGCUUCUAAAUGAGCUGCUAAUAGGAAUUUUGUCUUUGUUUGCGAAAAUUGGAAAGAUGGCGCAUGCCCCCCCCCCCCAAGAAACUAGCUCCUACAUCUAUGGUUGAUACCAGUGUUAUAAUUAGGCCAUCUAGAUUAGCUUUGAUAAUUUUGGUUGAUGGAUAUUAAAACCAGCUAUAAAGAUUUACAAAGUCCUACUAUUCCAAAUUAUAUCACAAAUUGACCUCUGCUAUUCAAGGAUAUUCUCCUAAUUUCUUUAGCCUCUAGACAAGUUUUUUUAAAAUUCCAAGACCUUUUAUCACUUACUUUUGACAAUAAUGGUCAUAAUAGUUUGCUGAAGGUGGUGGGCUUGAAUCCCCGAAAUCAUCUGAUAUAGAGGGCACAAAGAUUUUUAAUCCACAAUCUUAAUCUCCAAAAAGUGAAAGCCAAUCACAAAGAUAAUUUUAGUAUAGUUUUGCUAUUUUUGGUCAGGGACUUGGAAAAUUCUCACAUCAGAGGUGAUGCCUGACAAAUUCAUCAGGGUAACUGUUUCAUUAGCUACAGACCUAUUAUUUUUUGCAUGGAAGAAACCAGUUCUCAAGUACUACUGCCCCUGAAAUUCAUGCUUUUUCCAAGGGUUAGACCAUUCACUUUGUGAUGUGGCUGCUGGAACUUAACAAAAGGUUGAAUUUAAUUCUCAAACCAUAGUUGUUUGAACUAAAAACAAACAGUACAGGUUAAAAAAUGAACUAAAAGAUCAAUAUACAAAAUACUUUACUUGCAAAUACUAUAAAACUACAAAAACUAAAGUAAAAGUAUCAGUCAUAAUUGUUUAUGGUACCAGUUACUCUCAAAGAGAGUUAGCUUAUCAGGAGAGUGUCCCCUUCCAUACAAGCAAUGAAACAAACAAAUUUUAUCAAUAACGUUGUAAAGCUAUCUUGAUUGUGAUCUGGUAAGCUGUCAAAUGGCAAUAUCAAAUCAAUAGUGGUGAAGAGCCUUAUCUGUAUAAAUAUCCUUAUCUUAUCUUUAUCUUAUCUGAGAACUUGGUCUAGUGGGGUGGUAGGGUAAAAGGUAUUUUGUAUUUUGUAUUUGUUGCUACCUAGCAUCCGAAGGUAGUUUUUAGGACACUGAGAAGCUAUGCUUAUCGAGCAGUGUCCUGGUCCUUCCUCGCGAUGUGACCACACCUCGUGAUUCCUACGCCUGGAAAUACAGAGAGCUCUCCCCACUCUGGGUGAAAGUUUGGUCAUGCCAGGGCCUCGAACCACGGGCCCUUGGGUCUGUAGUCAGCGCCUCUAACAACUGAGCCAUCCUCGCACCUAUUAUAUCCAGGCAUUAUAUCCUGCUUUGGCAUGGCUAAGUGGAAGACACAUGCAGGCAAAAAGCGUCAGCUCUGUAUGCUGUAAAUUGAUGCGCAUCCUUCGUCUAAAGUUGUGCAACCAUGUGAUUUAAGAUUGCUUCACUCAGUAGAACUUAAACUUUAAAAAUUGCAAAUUGAGUUCUAAAAUACAUAGUUCUCAAAUUUCUCUAGACCUAUGUGUUCAAGCAUCCUUCUAAUACGAGCACUUACACGCUGAAGUUGACCCAAGUAAGUUCUUUAUAAGAAUCUGACCGUGUUUAUCUUCCAUUAUGUGAGUUCUUGCAAACGUGGAUUGACAGUAAUGUAGUUAAAAUGCUGUGUUCAUCUAUAAAAUAAGAAGCUAAAAUCGUUGACAAAAAUUUUUGUCGCUAAAAAGAGGAUUGAAAUCUGUUCUUAAACAGCUGGUGAAUAAAAUUCUUUUAGAAAGCGUGUUUUUGCUGCAUGGUCCAUCCGAAUAGACGCAAAAUAUCUGACUAGACUUGCCCCUGUUCAAGUCCACUCGCCACUACCUUUCCAGUAACACCAACCCUCUUGCGUCUGUUGUUAACACCAGUAGCAGGCACUGCAGAGCGUUGAGAAAAGUUGGGGGGGGGACCCAAUAUGAAGAGGCAUGAAUGGUGGUGAACGUCAAUUACAUUUUGGACAAGAAGUGAGUGGAGGUAUAGCCCUCCAGCCCCCUUGCUCCGCGGUGCCUGAGGACUCAAAAGACAGGUGAAAUAGGAUCACCAAUAUUACGUCACAAUCAUAACAACUUAUAUAAAUGUACUGAAAUCAUUUGCAUAACCCACAUUCAUUUCAGUGUCGCAAAGUAGCUAUCGCUCCCGUUACGACAGACUACUAUUGUAGUUUCGCUUGUUGUCGCACGAACAAGGACAACAAGACUGUCGUAAUGAUGGACCAUGUAUGUAUUUCUACGGCUUUCGAGAGUUUGCCCGAUGCCAUCAUUCUGCAAAUCCUUUCCUAUCUGCAACAAUCGGAAUUAUUGACAAUUCAACUUGUGUCGAAACGUUUGCGUUUUUUGUCGAUGGACCCAUGUUUAUGGCGAUACUGCGAUUUUUCGAAUCGCUCAAAUGCGUUUCUCACUGGAGCAGCCAAAUCGGUAAUAUUGCGUCAGCUGCGCGUCAUCAAAAUAACUAGCACCCAUGUACCAUUUGAACUUUUAAAGUCUGCUUUGAGAAGUGAAAAUCUGAAGGCUAUCAGUCUAAAAGAAUCGAGAGUUCGAAAUUCUAGCGAAGAAUCCGAUCCACCAUCACAGAGAGAACCAGACAUAAAUGAAAUGAGAUGCGCUGUCAAAUUUCUUGAUUUGCAAGGAACAUACGGUAACAUCAAUCUCCUUGAAGAAUACAUCUUUUACGAAGGACAGGGACUGGAAGCAUUUGGUCUGCCUCAAAUGACGUCAUCACUCACCCAAAAGAAACUUGCUUCAGGAAUGCCACUUUUGCGUGUGCUCGAUUGCAAGGAGUGCGCAUGGUUCGACGAUCGUCUGAUGCUUCACAUUUCAAAAUCAUGCAUACAUUUGGAAUUUCUCUCUGCAAUGAGAUGCCUAAAUUUCACUGGAAAAUACCUCCAAUACCUGCUUUCUGGUUGCAAAAAACUGAGAUCUCUGAAUCUGCAAAGAACAAGGCUUACCGACAUCACAGUCAGAGGUCUUGACUGGGAAGAAACUGCAUUGGAAGAGCUUGACAUCUCUCAUUGUUACGGACUUGAUGAAGAAGGCUUUAUGGCAAUUUUACCAAAUCUAAAGAAAAUCAAAUAUCUACGCACCGCAUUAACCGAUGAUGUACUUAAUCAGAUGGGAGCUGUUUCAUCAAGUAUAGAAAUAUUUGAAUUGCGCCGGCGAUACCCUUUGAACCCAUCUUGCGUUAGCGCGUUGCUUUGCCUUUGUCUCAACAUGCAGUACUUAGACAUUAGUCUUACGCCAGUCGAAUCUAAAUGUUUUCGAAAUUUCCUUCGAAACAUGCCGAAGUUGCGUCAAAUAUCCUUUGCCGGACAUGAGACACUGGGUACAUCAGAAAUUCUGAGAGAAAUAAGACGAAAUUGCAAAGACAUUGAAAAUGUAAGCAUAAACUACUACCACGCGAAUCGAGACGAGAGUUUGAAGGACGCAUUAAUCAAUAUGGCAAGACAUAGCCCAAAGCUAGUUACUGUAGCAUUGCAAGGGUUCUUUAUUCAAAGGCUGGUCCACGAAUUGCAGGUGAUCAUGGAGGAGAGCAUUUUUUGCAACAAGAUCAGAUUCCUAUACUCUACAACUGUAGAGCUUCCUUGCAUGAAACACGGACUGGAAAAUGCAUUCCUGAAAUACACACGCAGCUAACAUAGCACUUAAUUUACAUGAAAUUGUCACAAAAGUCUCAAGUCAAAGUCUGUUGAGAACCUUGGUAGGUCUUAGUGAAAUGAAGUAUUUUGUAGUCAAGUUUAAACUUCAGAAACAAAAUAUUAACGAACAUUUUCAGUAGCAUUAAAGAUACUUCAAAUGUUUCAUUUCUUGCUUCAUUUUUAAGAUUUUAUCCUUUCAGAGCCUAAAUGUAAGCAGGAGCGUUUGAGAUAAAUUGAUCUCUGCAGUUUUAAUGACGCAAAAUCAAACUGCUGAAGAUAUUAAGACCGUGCUCUGAGUUGGUACCAGUUGCUACUAAGUGGGAGGGUAAUGGGCGUGGCUGAAAAAGACUAAGCCCCUUUUGCCUCGUUUUAGUGCUUGGUUUUAGGUCAAUUUCCCUUAGGGGAAAGUAUGAUCUACCCUUACUUACCGCUUUCUAAUGGGAGGGGUGGGUAAUUGCGCCACCACUGGGUACCAGAACCAAAUGUCCUUGAAUUUGAUCCAGGAAUCUCUAUUUGAUUCGAAUGCCAUCGAAGAAUAUCAAUUCAGUACUAAGAAUAUCAAAAUCACAAGAAAAUGUAUGGUGCACAUUCCAAAUUUUGGACGCAUGCAAACAUCACUCCGCCUCAUCAUCCAAGGGAAACUUCGCUUGAAUAUAAUCCAUUGCAGAUCUGUAGCGACUGUGGGCAACAUUAAAAGACAUUGUUGAAAUCCUCUUGGUAACUGAUACAUCAUUUAGGUGUUCAAUACACAAUUUGUUGUAAAACUAGAAAUGUAGUUUUGAGAGUCCUUGUAAAUAUAGUUUUUUUCCCAAAUCUAACUUCGUAAAGGUAAAAGUGUUCUGCGGAACAGUUGUAGGCUGUGUGACUUCAAUUGUAGGCUGAGGCAAAUCCCUUUGGAGCAACAAAUCAAAGUAUGUAAGAAACUGCUGAUAUUCGGAAUGAAAGUGAAGGCUUUAGCAAUGACUUGCUUUAAUAUCCAAGUAAUCUAGUAAAAC